AGUGCGUGAUUGCCUCAAACACAAAAGAAAAUCGACUUGGCAAGGAGAAAAAUCAAUAAUAAAAUUUUUCAUCAUCAUCCAGUAAGGAGUGUUUUCAGAUUCUUGCUACAGACUUUUGCGAUUCAGGCACUGUAGAAAGCUGAGAUUCGUGUAAAAGUAUCGAACCAGUGGCCAGCUAGUGAAUAACGAUGGCAGAUAACGAGCAAAAAGCGAUGCAGCUGAUGGCGGAAGCUGAGAAAAAGCUGAACUCAUCCAAGGGAUUUUUCGGAUCACUUUUUGGUGGCGGUUCGAACAAAGUAGAGGAAGCUGUUGAAUGCUACCAGCGGGCGGCCAACAUGUUUAAGAUGGCCAAAAAGUGGUCCCAGGCCGGAUCCGCUUUCUGUGAAGCGGCCAAUCUGCACUCGAAGGCUGGAAGUCGUCAUGAUGCUGCCACCAAUUAUGUUGAUGCUUCAAACUGUUACAAAAAGACGGACCCGAAUGAGGCUGUAAGUUGCCUGCUCAAGGCAAUCGACAUCUACACCGAUAUGGGUCGUUUCACGAUGGCGGCC